UUUUGCAAAUUGGCUUCACAUUAUGAAAAAUCUAACAAUUAUCAAAGGAAAAUGAGAAUUUGUAGGAGCUUUUCAAGAAAAAAUCUAAAGCAUUUGCAAUAGGAAGGUUCACAUAUUUAUAAAAAUUUCCCUUUGUUUAAUGGACCUCUUGUCUUGUGUUAGCAUCCUUCAGAAUGCUGCAAAUGAGAGAAAGAAUUUGAGACAUAUUAAUGAUGAAAAGAACAUGGGGAAGAAAUCUGUUAGAUUUGAAAUAAGAAUUUAUGGAGAAACUGAAGGAAUGGAAAUGGAAGUUAGAUGAAACAAUGUUGUGGUGGUUGAGAUUGAAGAGAUCUAUAAUUGUGUUGUCAUUGUUGUUUGCUUUCUCAAAGAGAGAAACUGAGAAAAAGAAACUGAACAAAAGGAAAAGGGGCGGUUAUGCCAAUUUAAAGAGAUAAAAUUAUGUUAGGAAUGCUAGGUUAGUCCUAUGAUUCUGGAAGACUUCAUCAUAAAAGCAUGUUCAGCAUCUUAGGGCUUCACUAGCAUCAUCAAUUAGAAACUUACUUUUCCCAUCCAGAAGAAAGGGAAAAAAAGCCCUGUAUCCUCUUAGCUUUGUUAAUAUUUUUUUUCCGGUAGUACCUAUCUUUUUGUCAGCUACUUGCAUCUAAAGACAUUCAUGAAUUAAACUAGUGUAUUUAUUUUGUUUUCUUUUUUUUUUUCUUUUUAAUACAGAGCAUUUAUUUUGUUUCUGGAUCUUAUGUACAAUAUGUGCAUCCUUUUUCUAACUUACUGGUGAUAAAAUUAUUCUUACAUGGUCAUGUUUGGCCGCUUUUAUUUUCACAUGGGAGAUGAUCAGUGGUUUGCGAACUUUUGGAAGGGAAAAGCCUAUGGUGAAGGCCGCUCCUAUUCAAAAUCUGGCGAUGUCUUCUUUUGCCAUUUUGAAGAUGGUCGGCGACAUGGCCACUUCCUUUAUAUUACUGCUUAUGGAGCAAGGUACAUUGAGAUCUGGAAUGAGGGUGUUCUCAUGAGCCCGCAGCAAAUGGACACUGAUGCUGUUCUUGGAUAAAGUCUAUAGUCUUUUUUUUUUU